GCAGCACGCGGGCCCCGCAGGCCGCGCCAUGGCGGCAGACAGGCGUGGGGCUCUGGAGCUGCUCGCCCUCAUCCACCAGCACCUGCUCCGCGGGGGGUUCGCCCGGGCGGCCCGAGAGCUGCAGGCGCAGACCGGGCAGAAGCUGCUCCCUUCCCUCUCGGCCUCUCUCGAGGACAUCUUUACCCACUGGGAAAAAACUCCCUCAAAUACCAGGAGAAGAAAGGUGAGUGAUGAUGAAGAAGCCAUCCCAGGAAAGAUCAGAGUUCCUGAUCCCGUGAGCAGCUCUGAGAGCUCAGACAAAGAAGAGGAUGAGAAAGAGAAGGCAAAAGCUGCAAAUGCAGUCGGCCUUCCCCUGGCCAGCAACUCGGCAGUGAAUGUAGAAAGCAGUGAAGAGGAUGACUCCUCAUCAGAAGAGGAGACACCAGCUGGAAAAGGUGCAGUUGCGGUGCCACCAGGUGUGGUGAGUGGCAAAGCUGCCACCAACUCCUUGCACUCUCCGAGCACGCCCACUGCCCCGGCAGGCAGAGCAGCCAUGCCCUCUGCUGCAAACAGAACUGUGGUCUCAAACAAGCAGCUGCCCAAUGCGCCAGCUGCAUCUCCAGCCAAAGCUGGGCAGAAACUGCUUGGUCCUGGGAAGCCUGGACAUGCCACAACAGCCACGACCACAGUAGGUCAAAGCAAAGCACUGGUAUCGACCAAAGCACCAGAAAGCUCCAGCAGUAGCUCGUCGUCAGAGAGCGAUGAGGAAGAAGAGACACCGGCUGCAAAGGGCCCAGCUCCCAGAGUGGAGGCAAAGCAGGCAGCUGGGGCUGCUGAGAGCAGCAGUGAGGAAUCAAGUGAUGAGACAUCCUCCGAGGAGGAGCUUGCAACUCCAGUGGUCCAGGCAAAAACAGCUGUGAAAACAGUGCCGGUUAAUACAGGGCCUGUGAAAAGUGUACCAGCUACUCUAGCAUCCCUCAAGAGGAAUGCAGUGAGGCAGACAGCAGUGGCACCAACCCAGGCCAAACCUGCACCUACAACGGUUCCUACAAUGGUUUCUGGGGCUGCAAAGCCCGAUGACACAUCAGAGAGCAGCGACUCAUCAGACAGUGAAGAUGAGGAACCUCCAUCAGUAACCCAGACAAAGCCACCUCCAAAAUCCUCCCAAGCCGUCCCGUCCCCAGGGAAACCUACACCAGCAGCAUCACUCUCCAGCAAAGCAGCUCCAGCAAAAACACUUCCCCUCUCCCAAGGGAAGCCAGCACCAAAGCCAACAGUGCCCAGGCAGGCCAAAACCACACCGGGAAGUACUGCUGCUCCCACAAAGCCUGCUGAAAGUGCAAAGCCAGUGGAGAGCUCUGACUCCUCAGACAGCGAAGAGGAGGAUCAUCCUGUGCCUGUCAGCCAGAAGAGGUUAACAGAACAGCUUGGGCCUGUUCCCAACCUGAACCAGGCUCCUAAAGCAGUGGGAAGCACCUUGAAAAGCCAGACCUCGGAAAGUGAGAGCAGUGACACUUCUGACAGUGAAGAGGAGUCCCCUGCAGCACAGACACAGCCUCUGCAAGCUGUGAAAACGAAUGCUGUGCCACAGCCAACAAGUGUAAAGAAGCCACCAGCUCCAGCAGUAGCACCAGCCUCUUCUCCUGUGGAGAUCAGCGAUGAUUCCAGCAGGGAGUCAGAUUCAGAGGAGGAAACGGUGCCCCCUUCUCAGAUUCUGCCCCAGCAGAACAUCAAAGCAACCAAGGUUUUGAGUGCAGUGGCUGCUAAGGCUAAUGCCACACUGCCAGGAGAGAAGAAGAUUGAGGCACCUUCUGCCCCUCCGGUUAUCAGAGUGUCCAAGAGCUCAUGUAGCGAUUCCUCAGAUGAAGAGAUGGUGGCAGAAAAGGUCCCCAUUGCUUCUAGCCUAAAGCAAACGGUUCCUGUGGGAAAAGCUCCCCCAGCCAGUGCUGCCACACCACAGGCUGCUCCGCUCCUGGGAAGCCCCACGGCCAAGUCGAGGAAGCCAGGCCUGAAGCCAGCACAGCACACCCAUCUGAACCAGGCUGUGCCACCCACCCAGGCAGAGGAGCCCAUGGACAGCAGUUCUUCGGACAGCAGUUCCUCAGACAGCAGCGAAGAGGAGUCACCCAAGCAACUGCCCAAGCCUGCAGGCUCGCUGCAGAAACCAGGAGGGACCCAGAUAGCCCACAGCUCCUCCUCGGAGUCCAGUGAGGAGGAGGAGGAGGAGGCAGCACCAUCACAGUCCCUCCUCACAGGCUAUUCGGGCCCCUCCAGGACCCCAGCAACACCCCAGACACCAAAGACCAUUCCCCUCCAGCCUGUGGGCAAAGCAGGGCAAGGAAAAGCAGCUGUGACUGCUGCCAACUCCCACACCAGGGCCCCUGUGAAAGCAGCCCCAGCCAGCAGCUCCAGCAGUGACAGCAGUGACUCUGACACAGAUGUGGACCAGGUGGCUACGAACCACAGAGCAGAGAACAGCCGUCCUCCUCCAGGGCAGGAAGCUACAGGAGCCUCCAAAACAGAGAAGGUGGCAAGAAAAAUGGAGCCAGAUCAUGCCAGCCUCAAGCCUUCCCCAGUCAAGAAAACCCUGGCUUUAAAAGAGAAUGAUGUUGAGGCAAAACGUGCACAAACGACCGCAGCAUCGUCUGCACCAUUCUCCGUCCCACAGUCAGAAUCAAGCUUGGGGACUGAAACCGGGAUCACUGGGGCCAAAGUUCCUUCAGUGGAAGGGCUGGAAGGGAAGAAGAAGAAGAAAAAGGAUAAAAAAGAAAAGAAGGAAAAGAAGAAGUCUUCCUCCACAGCAGACAAGGCUGUGAAAGCAGCGAAGAGCAAAGAGAAUAAGAAACAGAAAAUGUCUCACAAGCGGAAACAUCCAGAAGAGGAUGGGGCCGUGGGGCAGCCCAAGGAGAAGAAGCAGAAAGUGCAAGCUAAUGAAGAAGUACCCAAAAAGAAAAAGAAGAAAGUAGCUGGUGAGCUGGGGAAGCUGCCAGGCAGCAAGGAAAAGAAAAAAGGAGCUAAAAAAAAAAAGACUGGAAAAGGAAAUAAGAAGGGCAAAAAGGUGACUUCUGAAGGGGAUCCUGUAGCAGAUGGCUCUGCCGAGGUUCACAAGAAGAAGAAAGGUACAUGCAAGACCCUGACGUGUGGUACCACAGGGCGAGCUGUUCUGAACUGCACUUGUGAUGCUCAUCAUAAUAGCAUGCCAGGCUGCAGAGGAACAGAGCCUUGCUGCCUUGCUGGCAGGGCAGAGGAGGCUGCAGUUAAUUGUGGCUGUUCUUGAGUCACCGUGACCUUUAGCUGGCUGGGAUUGGGGUGGCUCAAAGAAGGGCUUGUUCCUCUAUUGCUCCCUCAGGAAAGAUCCCUUUCCCUGGAAGGGUCAAACCCAGGGGCCAUUCUGGUGGCAGAGUCUGCCCAAGGAAGCAGUGCUGCUCUUCAACUGUAUUCAUCUAGUUUUCGGCAGAAACUGGACCUCUGAGCUUGGCAGGCUGCUGCCUUCCAUCCCAAGGGCUAGGAAAGGGUGCAGAGGGAAACUAUAGGAUGUUCUCUGUAAUGGAUAUGUCCCUGUAGAGAUGGUAGCCAAGAAGCCUCCAUGGCUUGUGGCUUUGCUGUGUCCUUUAUGUUUGUGGUGUGAUGACACUGAUUUAUUUUAUGCCCUUUUCAGAAGAAGAAAACAGCUGAGCCUGAAGGAUUGCGAGAAGGUGCAUGGCCUGUGGGGACUGUCAGUACCCCUGAAUAGCAGUAGCCUUGGCCCAGGCUUGGGAAGACAGAGUGCCCUCUGAAUGGUCACUGAGUCAGCCUGGCCUUAGGUCAGAGGGUCGGAGAGCGCAGUGAUGUAAGGAAAGUCGCACAGCAGUGUGCUGGCUUCUCAGUAUGUGUUUGACCUCAAGUCUUUAGCUGCUGAGAACUGGAUUUCCAGCCUGGACCUUGCUGUCCUCUCUCAGCAGCAGAGAUAAGCAGCCUCUGGCACUGUCUGCCUGCCCCUGCUGAGCACAGGGAGCUUGGAAAAGUAGUGUGGAAUGGAUGGUGAUGUUGUAGGCACCUGGAAGUGGACCAGAUGACUCUGCCUUGCUCUGCUCAGCUGUAAGACUGUUCUCCUCCUCCCCAUCCCUAACUCUUAACUCCUUUCCCCAAAGGUACCGCAUCCCUGUGAUUAAGGAUUUAUGGGUGAAGAUCACACAGCAGAGAGGAAAAGGAAGGUCAUCAGGAGAAUUCCAGCCUUUUUCUUUUUCUUAGUAAUUUAUAACUUCUUUUAACUGUGACUGUUAGAGCAGAGCAGUGCAACUUUCUGCCUCCUCCUGCCCUGCUGGGGCCCAGAGACUUGUUUGUUGCCCCUCACUCACGAUGGCUCACCUGUUGCACAAGAACUGAACCCAAGGAGGCAGUUUGACCAGAGCAGAGCCAGCUUACAUAAACUGCUUUCCUCCUCGUUGACCUCCACCACCUCUUCCUCAUCACAGAGCUAUAUUUUUAAGAGAAACAUUUCCCUUUUUCUGUUCUUUUCCUCUCCCUUCCUGUGAUUUGUGCUGUCCUUUUGCUACUAUGGAAGAGAGCUCUUGGAUUUACUUUUUAUUCCAACACUGGUGGUUAUUGCGUCCCCGGAGUUGCACUGAGCAGCUGCAUCCAGCAGUUGCUCUUGCCCAAGACGGAGUUGUUUUAUGUGGGUGGUUGGGUUUUUUUUUAUGGAAUACAGAAAUAAAGAAAAGCAGGAG